AACUUCACGAGCUGUUAGCGUCACUUAUAUUUCACAGGUUACCUAUUUUUGAGAUAGGUAAAUCAUCAAGUUUCAAACCUAUUAGCCUGUUAGCCAUACUUAUUAUACUCAUCCCUUACUCAUGGCGCUGUAGCUAGUAAAAAGGGGAUGUAGAAGUUGGUGGGCUGGUUACACUAUGCGUGCGAGAUAGAUGCCACCAUGUCGUCGAAGCUGGAAGCGAUCCUACCUAAGUUCAAGAGCACAAAUUUGAAACAGCUCGCUUCCUUAUGCGGCGAGAAGACCUCGGGUAAAAAGGCGGACCUCAUCGACCGGCUCAUCGCCUUAAGUCACGCGCGUCCAGCUAAACCGCCCAGCACCAAAGACUCGCGACUCAUUCUGAGCAUCGACCUGGGCAUCCGCAACCUAGGUUGUAGUCUCAUAGCACCCGCCGCGCCAUCUAAAGUCCUCUCACCUUCUGCUCUAACUGUUGAUGACCUGCGCCGACCGCCGCGUGUCCACCUUCACUCAUGGCAGCGGCGAGAGCUCCUGGGGCCCUCGUUAGACGGACUCGAGGACCCCGACCGUUAUAGCCCGGCCUCCCUCGCCAUCGCGACAGACCGGCUAGUGCGUCACGACUUGUUACCUCUCAAACCGACGCACGUGCUCAUCGAACGGCAGCGAUGGCGCAGUGGCGGCGCCGCAGCAGUCCAGGAAUGGACACUCCGCGUCAACACGCUUGAGGCCAUGCUACACGCGUCGUUGCGUACGUUACGGGAGUUAGGGCAUUGGAACGGCGAGCUAGUAUCCGUGGCACCCAACAGGGUCGCGCGAUUCUGGCCUCCGCCACCGACUAUGUCCGAGGAGACUGCAAAGAUGAGAAGGAGCCGGUCCGCUAAAGCGGUCGAUGGAGAGACUCGAAAGGGAGCCAAGUCGCAGCAGAAUAGCAAGAAGUAUAAGAUUGGCGUUCUGACGAGCUGGUUAGCGAUGAAACGAGGAAGCGAGAUCAUUCUACCUGCGAAUCGUGAUACGGAGGAUGCUGUUAAGUGGUUCCGUUCGAAGCUGACUCGCUCUCGGAAGAAAUCGAGCGAUGUUGAGGACUUAAUUCGUGAUGCUGGUCCACGAAAACUCGACGACUUAACCGAUAGUCUCUUGCAAGGUGUGGCGUGGCUGAAGUGGGAGGAGAACAGGGCUAUCCUCCUUAGAGAGGAAGGGUUAAUAAGGCUCCUAGAAGAGAAGCUCUUAGACGAACUAGAAGCUGACAUAUUGCUUGAUGACGUGUAAAAUAAACGCUCAAUUGUAUAGUACAAAUAUCCAUCUAUAUUUAAAUCAAGGCUAGGCAGAUGAUAUUGAUAACCCCUUUCGAGGCUUCUGUCUGCUACCCAACAUGCGAGUCUAACUAGUUCACCUGAGCCCGUGGGAAUUGGGGUAUAACGCGCUUGGGACAAUCCAAAACCAACCACCUCCUAGAAACAAUACACAUAUUGCUCAUCACUCCUUCAUCGGUAUAUCGUUUACAAAAAGAUAACGCUGGUCAAUCCCGUAGCCAAAAGCGCGGCGGCAGCGAAGAGGAAAGGCUUGGGCUCUGUGGCCGUGCCAGCAUUGCCAGUAGGGCUAGCAGUGCUGCCGGAUUCGCUGAUUAAGAACGGCAAUUAGCAGACAUACAGGGAUAAAGAUGGCA